AUGUUUUCUAUCUCUCUCAGUCUUUCCCUCGCAAUUCUCGCUUCCACAGUCACUUUCUCUUCUGCGGGCAAAACAGCCGAUCCAAAUGGUUUCACCUACACAUCCUGUCAAUCAGCAUACGAUUUCCUAGAGCUAAGCCCGCUAUUCAUUCAAGUGGAUAACUCAACAUCCAUGACCGUCGAACUAUGCACCUCCCAAUGCUCAUCAUCCUACUCAUUCGCCGCCCUCUACGGAAGCCAAUGCCUCUGCGGCCAAUCCUUCACAGCCUUCGCGCCCAGUAGCCAGGACAUCCAAUGCAACACUCCCUGCCCCGGCAACCCGGCCGAGACCUGCGGCGGCUACCAAAACGACGUCGCUCGAGGUUCCGAGUGGUGGUCUUUGUACGAGAAAACGGAAAGCCCGGUCACGGCAACGAGUACGAUGACCGUGGUGCUGGCGCUGAAUCCGAGUUAUACUUCGACGCUGUAUUCCACGGUCACGGAUACGGUUGUUUCGUGUGGCGUGGAGGUGGAGAGUUGUCCGGGACGAACUACGACGAGUAGUUUGCCAGGUAGUACGACGGUGGUGUGGACUACAUCAUCGAUACCCGUCUCAGUGGCGGUGUCGUCGAGUGGGAAUUCGACGAUUUGUGCUUCUUCGACAAUUGCCGGUGCUUCGACAACGAUGAGUGCUGUGGUGGAAACUACUAGUGCGACAACGCAAUGGAAUGGGAAUGCGACAGUGUGGGCUACAUCGGUCGUGAUUACAGGGACGCCGUCGCUGGUGCCGUUUACGGGUGCUGGAUCGACCGUGGGCGUGGGGACUUUUGGGGUAGUGAUCUCUUUUGUUUGUGUGUCGUUGGCUUUGGUUUUGUUGUAAUGGGGUGUUACUGCUUAUAGGAGUUUAGAAUGUUGGUGUUUAUAUAAAAUUGAAAAGCUGUGUUUCUUGUUGGUUUCGAGUUCGAGUUUCUUCUUCGUUUGGGAGAUUGUGGUGUCAGCUUCACGAUUUACCAUUGCUACGCCCAGAGUAGGCAAGUUUUUGUUUGAUAAUUUCUAUCUCGAGAAUGGGUACCCUGUGUCAGAGGCUCAAUCCCUUUUCCUUUAUGGGAUCUCCUUGCUCUUCCGGUUGAGUAGAUACGGUGUCAAGAACUCAUCAUGUCUCCCGAUCUCUUACUUGAAGCUUUGAGAGAAUGGCUUAUUGUACAGGUAUUCUAUAAUACUGUGCUUUUAGAACCUAC